UUUCUCCCUGUAAACACGCAGAAAGCACGUGCUGGCGAGAGGGACCAUUGAGCUCUUCAUACGUCAUCAUCAGGAGCCGGUAGUGAAACGCGCGAUAUUUUGAAUACAACCAAAAACAAACUGACGCUAGCUUUACUUUCGAUCUUCAAAUCCGUAAACUAACGCCUUCAAGCAGCCAAAACAUGUCAAAGAAAGCACCGAGAGCAGCCCUGAAGCUCCAUAUGAAGAAGAAUGCUAAUAUACGGAUAGGAAAAAACGCGGACUUGAUGGCCCAGCUCAACCUCCUGGUUGUCCUGCAUCGUCUAGCAGAGGAGUCCAAGGUGAAGGCCUUUGAGGAGAAAUCAGCAACCAUCAAAGUUCACCACGUCAGAGCUGUUGCAAAGAAACUGUUAAAGAGCACACGUGGAUAACAUGGAUGACGGGAGCUCCCCAUCACAACCCUCUGUUUGUUCAACAGCAUUGACCCUGUGACCUAAAAUUUAUUUAAAGACUUCAGUAUGUGAGCUACGGUAUGGAGCACACUACAAAUUUGGGACUGUCGAAGAUGAACAUUUUACUUUUACUAUUAUUUCCUUAGGACUUUUUAUGUGUACGAUGGAAUUUAUGUUGCCUUGUCUUAAGUUGGGCCCGACUUCCAUGGUCGUUUUUUCUUCAUGACUGUUGAACGUUUGCUUUUUAAGAUUUGUGUAAACCAUGAAUGACAGUAUCUAGCCUAGAUAUCUACAGCAACAGGUGUCCCUCAACUCUUUGGAUCGUAUUAUGACUUAAUACCUGUUAAUAAACAAUUUGUACCACUUAA